AUGGGCAUGAAACACUCCUCCCGCUGCCUGCUCCUGAGGAGGAAAAUGGCGGAGAACGCGGCCGAGAACACCGAGGUGAGCGGCCCCCCCUCCCAGCCCCCGCAGCCCGCGGUCCCACCCAAGCCUGUGCAAUGCGUCCACCACGUGUCCACUCAACCCAGCUGCCCAGGGCGGGGCAAGAUGUCCAAGCUGCUGAACCCAGAGGAGAUGACCUCCAGAGAUUAUUACUUCGACUCCUACGCCCACUUUGGGAUCCACGAGGAAAUGCUGAAGGAUGAGGUGCGGACGCUCACCUACCGGAACUCCAUGUACCACAACAAGCACGUGUUCAAGGACAAAGUGGUGCUGGAUGUUGGGAGUGGCACAGGGAUCCUUUCCAUGUUUGCUGCCAAAGCAGGGGCCAAGAAGGUGUUUGGGAUUGAAUGCUCCAGUAUUUCUGACUACUCAGAGAAGAUCAUUAAGGCCAACCAUUUGGACAACAUCAUCACCAUAUUUAAGGGUAAAGUGGAAGAGGUGGAGCUGCCUGUGGAGAAGGUCGACAUCAUCAUCAGCGAGUGGAUGGGCUACUGUCUGUUCUAUGAGUCAAUGCUCAACACGGUGAUCUUUGCCAGGGACAAGUGGCUGAAACCUGGAGGGCUUAUGUUUCCAGACCGGGCAGCUUUGUACGUGGUAGCAAUUGAAGACAGACAGUACAAGGACUUCAAAAUCCACUGGUGGGAGAAUGUCUAUGGCUUUGACAUGACCUGUAUUCGGGACGUCGCCAUGAAGGAGCCCCUGGUGGACAUCGUGGAUCCAAAGCAAGUGGUGACCAAUGCCUGUUUGAUAAAGGAGGUGGACAUUUACACAGUGAAGACAGAAGAGCUGUCAUUCACAUCUGCGUUCUGCCUGCAGAUACAGCGCAACGACUACAUCCAUGCCCUGGUCACCUAUUUUAAUAUUGAAUUUACCAAGUGCCACAAGAAAAUGGGGUUUUCCACAGCCCCUGAUGCCCCCUACACCCACUGGAAGCAGACCGUUUUCUACUUGGAAGAUUACCUCACUGUCCGGAGGGGGGAAGAAAUCUACGGGACGAUAUCCAUGAAGCCAAAUGACAAAAAUGUGCGAGACCUCGAUUUCACAGUAGACUUGGAUUUUAAGGGACAGCUGUGUGAAACAUCUGUAUCUAAUGACUACAAAAUGCGUUAG